UUCAUUGGAUAGGAUGGGAAAACAAAACAAAAACCUCCCUCCCUGAGAAUAUGUAUUUGUUCGAGGUGUCAUUUCCUUGUGAGGUUAUUUACAGGUUCCCUGCUGUUUAGCUUUUCUUACCUGGUAAUUACUUGCUGAAAGAAAUCUCCUUGGGGUAAGCUCUUCCUUUAACCCCUUUUGCUUGCUUUUCUUUGGAGGCUAGCAAGGAGCGCAGGACUCUGCAGUUUCUGGGAACCCACCUAGAGGGCCCCCUUGACGCCACGCAUCCCCUGUCAGGCAGCAGUCUGCAGCCGGAGCGGACUGCUGCAGAGUUAAUGUACAGUACCGCGGAGCCUGCAAGUGUCCUGCGCUGCUAAGCCCGGGGCGGCACAGCCCAGAGCAGAAGAGGCAGCCGCGAUGAUUCCCAAGGUUCUGCUGGAAAUUCGGCGCUGGGGGACUCCAGCAGGAGCUUGUUGCCAUUGUGUUUAAAAGCAUGCAAGGUCUGUAUGGCUUGGGCAUGAGAAUCUUUCCGAUAUCAGAGCAUCAGAGUAAAUGACAUCUACUGAGGAACUGAAUUUGGGGUAAAGAGAAAGAGAAAAAAGACAGUGGGGGAAGAAAUUCUUAGACAACGUCUGACUUGCAGCUGUGAAAUUCAUUUUCCAAGGCAAAAUAUAAAAAGCCCACACAUGGUUUCGAUAACAACAAAUUAAAAAGAAUUCUGCAGUGAAAGAAUCAAUAGCUUAGUCAUUUUACUUCAAGAGGGCAGACAGCCUUAUUAUGAGGUUAGGCAGCAGAAAUGCAUUUCAUCACGACAGAGCCUUCUGAAGUCAUGAUGGUAGCUAAUGGUAAUCCUGUCCUGCAAAGAAGAAAUUACUCAUUGCCUUCUUACUUGUGCAGUCAAAGCCAGCAAUUCUGAGAUCUGGGGACAAAGCUGGCUUUGGUUAUACGUGUAUGGUUUCUAGCCCCUCCGCUCAGGUCUUUGUCCGACACAUCUCAGCUCUCACUGUGUUAAGUGACCACAUAAGAAUAUGUACCUAAGAAAGAAGAAAAAGCAAUAUUUAUUUAUAAAAGACAUCAUGGCAAAGAAACCUGGAGUUUUCCAUUUCCCUUCUAACACUCCUUUAACAAGGAUAGCAAGAAACUGUUUUUUGACUCCUCUUUUCCCACAUUUCAUAGUCCUUCCUGCGAGGAUGCAUUAAUUUACACUCUGGCUGUUGGAUUUUACCAGGACAAUAUUUGCCAUUGUUUAGGAUUAGCAUCUGGACUGUUUUUUUCAGUACGUUGACUGACUAGUGGAACCUAAAGGAUGGACCCAUACCUGCAGUGCUUUGUGAUGUUCCUUUCUUCAAAUCCUGGAAGGGCUUUUGGUGAUGCUCUUUGUUUUUUUGGGAUUCAAUACUUGUUGCAAUAAUUGCCCAUGAGAGCUGCUCAAACAAGAGAGUUGGAAUCCAUCUAUGAAAAUCACUACACUAACCUAGGAAACGAGGAGAAUAUUAAUGAGAGAAGAUCUGCAAACAUGAUGCACGUGAAUAAUUUCCCCUUUAGAAGGCAUUCCUGGAUAUGUUUCGAUGUGGACAAUGGCACAUCUGCGGGACGGAGUCCCUUGGAUCCCAUGACCAGCCCAGGAUCUGGGCUAAUUCUUCAAGCAAAUUUUGUCCACAGUCAACGCCGGGAGUCCUUCCUGUAUCGAUCAGAUAGCGACUAUGACCUCUCUCCAAAGUCCAUGUCCCGGAACUCCUCCAUCGCCAGUGACAUACAUGGAGAUGACUUGAUUGUGACUCCAUUUGCUCAGGUCUUGGCUAGCCUGCGAACUGUACGAAAUAACUUUGCUGCAUUGACUAAUUUGCAAGAUCGAGCACCAAACAAAAGAUCACCCAUGUGUAACCAACCAUCCAUCAACAAAGCUACCAUAACAGAGGAGGCCUACCAGAAACUGGCCAGCGAGACCCUGGAGGAGCUGGACUGGUGUCUGGACCAGCUAGAGACCUUGCAGACCAGGCACUCCGUCAGUGAGAUGGCCUCGAACAAGUUUAAAAGGAUGCUUAAUCGGGAGCUCACCCAUCUCUCUGAAAUGAGUCGGUCUGGAAAUCAAGUGUCAGAGUAUAUAUCAAAUACAUUCUUAGAUAAGCAACAUGAAGUGGAAAUUCCUUCUCCAACUCAGAAGGAAAAGGAGAAAAAGAAAAGACCAAUGUCUCAAAUCAGUGGAGUCAAGAAGUUGAUGCAUAGUUCUAGUCUGACUAAUUCAAGUAUCCCAAGGUUUGGGGUAAAAACAGAACAAGAAGAUGUCCUGGCCAAGGAACUAGAAGAUGUGAACAAAUGGGGUCUUCAUGUUUUCAGAAUAGCAGAAUUAUCUGGUAACCGGCCUCUGACUGUUAUCAUGCACACCAUUUUUCAGGAACGGGAUUUAUUAAAAACUUUUAAAAUUCCAGUAGACACUUUAAUUACAUAUCUUAUGACUCUGGAAGACCAUUACCAUGCUGAUGUGGCCUAUCACAACAACAUCCAUGCUGCCGACGUUGUUCAGUCUACUCAUGUACUAUUAUCCACACCUGCUUUGGAGGCUGUGUUUACAGAUUUGGAGAUUCUUGCAGCAAUUUUUGCCAGUGCAAUACAUGACGUAGAUCAUCCUGGUGUGUCAAAUCAAUUUCUGAUCAACACAAACUCUGAACUUGCCUUGAUGUACAACGACUCCUCUGUCUUAGAGAACCAUCAUUUGGCUGUGGGCUUUAAAUUGCUUCAAGAAGAAAACUGUGAUAUUUUCCAGAAUUUGACCAAAAAGCAAAGACAGUCUUUAAGGAAAAUGGUCAUUGACAUUGUACUUGCAACAGAUAUGUCAAAACACAUGAAUCUGCUAGCUGAUUUGAAAACUAUGGUUGAAACUAAGAAAGUGACAAGCUCUGGGGUUCUCCUUCUUGAUAAUUACUCUGAUAGGAUCCAGGUUCUCCAGAAUAUGGUGCACUGUGCAGAUCUGAGCAACCCCACAAAGCCUCUUCAACUGUACCGCCAGUGGACAGACCGGAUAAUGGAAGAGUUCUUCCGCCAAGGAGACCGAGAGAGGGAGCGAGGCAUGGAGAUAAGUCCCAUGUGUGACAAGCACAAUGCAUCUGUGGAAAAAUCACAGGUGGGCUUCAUAGACUAUAUUGUUCAUCCUCUCUGGGAGACAUGGGCAGACCUUGUACAUCCUGAUGCCCAAGACAUUUUGGACACUUUGGAGGACAAUCGUGAAUGGUACCAAAGCACAAUUCCUCAGAGCCCCUCUCCUGCGCCUGAUGACCAAGAGGAGGGUCAGCAGGGUCAGACUGAGAAAUUCCAGUUUGAACUAACUUUAGAGGAAGAUGGAGAGUCAGACACCGAAAAGGACAGUGGAAGUCAAGUGGAGGAAGACACUAGCUGCAGUGACUCCAAGACUCUGUGCACUCAAGACUCGGAGUCUACUGAAAUUCCCCUUGAUGAACAGGUGGAAGAGGAGGCCGUAGGGGAAGAGGAAAGCCAGCCUGAAGUUUGUGUCAUAGACAGUUGUUCUCCUGACACGUAACAGUGCAGAAUGUCACGCCUUUGUUUUUGUAGUAGAAAAAUCGUUUCCAAAGUGCAUGUCACAUGCCACAACCAUGGUCACACCUCAUUAUCAUCUGCCAGGACGUUUGAACAAAACUGAUCUUGACUACUCAGUCUGGCGCUCAGGAAUAUUGUAUCCACUUUCUUCACCUCCAUGUCAUCAGAGCAAGGGGGACACCUUCACAAACAGCAUUUGAACAUUUCAGCUUGGUAGAGCUGACAAAGCAGAUAAAAUCAACUCCAAAAUGCUUUCAAGGGAGCGUGGCUCAUCGGGAAGUCAUAAGUGGAUUGAAUUUCAGAGUUUCUUGAUUGCAAUAUUUCCUGGAGAAAGAAGGCAUUAUAUAUGGAAAGAGUGAACUUAGUGGAGUAAAGCAGCAAACAUGUCAGGAACAGAGUACAGCAUGAAUCUGUUCCGAGAAGGAAGAAGAGCCACAGAAAUUGCAUAAUUUUCUAAUUUCAAGUCUUCCUGAUACAUGACUGAAUAGUGUAGUUCAGUGAGCUGCACUCACCUCUACAUUUUGUAUGAUAUGUAAAAGAUUUUUUGUAGAGCUUACUUUUAUUAUUAAAUGUAUUGAGGUAUUAUAUUUAAAAAACUAUGUUCAGAAUUUCAUCUGCCACUGGUUAUUUUUUUCUAAGGAGUAACUUGCAAGAUUUCAGUACAAAUCUGUGCUACACUGGAUAAAUCUAAUUUACAAAUUUUACUUGCACCGUAUAGUCCAUAGCAAUUAACAGAUUUGUAGUGGUCAUUGUUUUAUAUACCAAUGACUUCCAUAUUUUAAAUCAGAAAAACUUUAUGUUGCCAGAAACACUUUUUGUAAGUCUUCAUUACUUUGAUUUUUUUAUUUCACUCUUUCCCAAUAAGCGGAGUUGCUCUCUGCUAAAGUUGUUCAUGGUGUGCAAAGUGAGUAUUUGUUCUGUAAUACUUCAACGUGCGUUAUGUCCAUUGUGUCUUAAUCCUCAUAGAAACAUCAGCUGGUGUUGUCUGAAGCAAAUGGGAAAUUAUAUAAAUACCCAGUAACUAAAAUGGUCAGUGUUUUUUAGAUAUUUUCCUACUUAGUGUCUUCUGAUGACUUUGUGCUGUGUCGAUUGCAUUUCACAAGUGCACGUCUUUGUAGUAAUCCACACAUUUCAUGUCCAUUUUUGUUUUUUUUACAGCCAGUUAGAAUAAGAAGAAUGUUUUCCUCUUGUGCUACUUUAUUUAGUGUGUGUUUUAAUCUCUGUCCAUGUUUGCUAGAUGGAUCUUAUCAAGUAUAUCAUCACCAUCCUAACUGAUGAAAAGAAGCAGGUAGUAAAAUUAGGGUUAGCGUUUCAUUCUACGCUGAAGCCGUUUGUCAUAACUAGCUUUUACUCUAGGGUUACAGACA